CUAUGUCCAUGUUCCAGCGCGAUCCGAGAGCUGGAGCUUUCCUGGGAGGAGACAGGGUGUCUGGACAGGACAUUAGGGAUCAAAAUGUCCUGGCUGCACGGUCUAUCGCGAACAUCGUGAAAAGUUCACUCGGCCCUCUGGGUUUGGACAAGAUGCUUGUGGACAACAUUGGAGAAGUUACGAUCUCCAAUGACGGCGCAACGAUUCUGUCUUUGCUGGCUGUAGAGAACCCUGCUGGCCGUAUCUUCGUUGACCUUGCGCAAAAGCAAGAUCGCGAGGUUGGUGAUGGUACUACUUCCGUCGUUAUUAUCGCCGCGGAGCUUCUCCGCCGCGCGAAUGAGCUCGUCAAGCAGAGAAUCCAUCCUACUACAAUCAUAACCGGAUACAGGCUCGCGUGCAGGGAGGCAUGCAAGUUCAUGCAAGACCAGCUGAGCGUGAAAGUCGACGCGCUUGGCCGCGAUGCUCUGAUUAACGCAGCGAAGACGAGUAUGUCGAGCAAGAUUAUUGGCGGGGACGACGACUUGUUCGCGCCCAUGGCGGUCGAUGCCAUGCUUGCUGUCAAAACCGUCAAUAACCGGGGGGAUAUCAAGUACCCUGUAAAAGCGGUUAAUGUUCUCAAGGCGCACGGCCGAAGUGCACGAGAAUCCCUGUUCGUCAAGGGCUAUGCACUGAAUUGCACUGUCGCCAGUCAAGCGAUGAAAACGCGGAUAACCAACGCUAAGAUUGCCUGUCUCGAUAUCAACCUGCAGAAGGCGCGGAUGCAGCUCGGUGUCCAAAUCCUCGUGGAUGAUCCGUCACAGCUUGAGGAUAUCCGCCGGAGAGAGUCCGAGAUAACGCUCGAGCGCAUUAGGAAAAUACUUGCUGCGGGUGCGAAUGUUGUGCUCACCACGAAAGGCAUCGACGAUCUGUGCCUGAAGGAGUUCGUUGAAGCCGGUGCCAUGGCUGUCCGCCGGUGUCGCAAGGAAGAUCUCCGCCGCAUCGCGAAGGCGACUGGUGGUACCCUCGUAUCGAGUCUUGCUAACCUCGAAGGGGAGGAGUCGUUCGAAGCUAGCUACCUUGGUCAUGCCGAGGAGGUCAUCCAGGAGCGCAUUUCCGAUGAUGAGCUAAUCCUCAUCAAAGGCACGAAGGUGGUCAACUCGGCGUCGAUAGUGCUUCGUGGCGCGAAUGACUAUAUGCUGGACGAGAUGGAACGAGCUUUGCACGAUACGCUUUCCAUUAUCAAGCGUACGCUUGAGAGUGGCUCUGUAGUUCCAGGCGGAGGUGCUGUGGAGACCGCUCUGAGCAUCUAUCUUGAGAAUUUUGCGACAACAUUGGGUUCGAGGGAACAGCUGGCAAUUGCCGAGUUUGCGAAUGCACUGCUCGCCAUUCCCAAGCAGCUGGCCGUGAAUGCGGCAAAGGACUCUACAGACCUCGUUGCCAAGCUACGUGCAUAUCACAAUGCUGCCCAGAACGCACCUGCUGGCGAUCCGAAGAAGGCUCUCAUGCGCUACGGUCUCGAUCUCCUCAACGGUGAAGUGCGCGACAACGUUGCGGCUGGUAUUCUCGAGCCGACCAUCAGCAAGGUCCGUAGUCUCAAGUCAGCGUUUGAGGCGGCUGUGUCUAUACUCCGUAUCGACGACGCUAUUCAAUGUGUGCCAGAAUCCAAGGGAGAGCCGGACCCUCACGGCCAUUAGUGGAUCUUUUGAGUUGUCUUAUGACAGGCACAAUCCAAUUGUACAUGAACCAGUUUAGUUUACUUCCAGAUGCUUGCCGUUGGCAGAAAGGAUGCAUUCACU